CGACACCAGAGAUAUAUCCUAAAGGUAAACAUAGCUAAAUUUGAAGUCGUGUGAACUUAAACAAGACAUCUGUAGCAAUGAAGUUCUUCGCCACCGCUCUCCUUGGCGCCCUCCUUGCCUGCUCUGUGCUUGCCGAGGACGCUGCCAAAAGCAAGGAAAGCAAGAAAGAGGAGAAAAAAGACGUUGAAGCUCGUGGAGGCAUCCUGGGUGCUGGAGUCGGACUUGGAGGUGUCGGCGGCGGCUACGGUGCUGGGGUGGGCUCCGGUAUCGCAGGCACUGGUCUCGGAGGAGCUGGACUCGGUGGAGUUGGACUGGGCGGCGCCAGUUACGGAGGAGCUGGUCUCGCGGGACCGGUUCCUGGCGUGAUCGGCAGUGGUCUCGGAGGAGCUGGGCUCGGCGGCGCCGGCCUGACUGGGGCUAGUUAUGGCGGAGCUGGUCUUACCGGAGCUAGUCUUGGCGGAGCCGGUCUUGGAGGCGCUGGUUUUGGCGGUGUCGGUCUUAGCGGAGCCGGUCUUGGAGGCGCUGGACUCGCUGGUCCGGCCCUCGUGGGACCUGGAUUCGCUGGAGCUGAAGCCUUGGGAACCGGAAUCAUAGGCAACUCAGGUCUCGUCAGUACCGGCCUUGGCCGCGGCAUCGGUGGUGGUUUCCAAUCAGCGUACGGUUCUUCAGCCGGAGGACACCAGGCCGGAUUCCAGGGGGGCUCCUCCGGUCACAACCAGGGAUCUGGAAGUUUCGCCAGUGGCGCUUCUCAGAGUAGGGUGAACGCGUUCAACAACAAGCAGGGCUACAGCCACAGCUCUGGAUUCUCGGCCAGCGACAGCAAGACGUUCGGAUCUGGCCACAAGCAGGGAUCAUCCGGUUUCAAGAAAGGAGGAGCUGGACACCAGUUGGGCUUUGGACAAUCCUCGUACGGAAAGGCUGCCGGUAUUGGUGUUGGUGGUGUUGGCCUGCACGGCUGAAGAUCCCUGCCAGUUUCUCAAAAACCUCAAGGUUGCUUUUUUGGAGGUGUUUCCUUUUUCUGAAUUAUGUAAUAGACAGCGCUUGGUCAAGAACAUUAUGAACUCAACACCACUUGACAUCCUACAGUAUGUUGUUCCAAAGGAGGUUUCAAAAAAGUUUUUUUAAACCCCCUGUGUUGUUCCUUAUGGGGCUUCUCAUAUCGCAUUAUUAUAUUUUGUUGUGCGCGCUUUGCAAAGCGUCCGUAUUGUUAUUUAAAUGAAAAUAAAACUUGUUUAUUUAAGCUGUCCACUCUUCUGUCCUUCAAAAAAAAAAUGGUGGAAGUCGCGCUUUAAAAAUUGCAAGUGCUUUUUGGAAGUGCUAAUCGGAACUUGAUAUUCUCUGCUAUUUGGAGUUACGAACCCCUGUGAGAAACUAUCGAGGAUUUAUAGCUUUCUUUAAUUUUGCGACGACUGUUUGGUUGGGCAGUAAAGGAAAUGUGGCACAUUUGAGAGUUGAA